CAUUUGGCUACAACACUUGUUUCUGCUAUCACACCGCUUAUAUAAACUCAUUGCCUCUUCUCAACUUCAUCUCAAUCAUUACUCUUCUCUCUUCUCUUCUACAUUUUCAUGCUCUAACUUCUCAAUCUUUUUUUUCACUUUCUUCACUCACAACCAUGGACGUUGAAGCAGACAAAAACUCUCACGAGAGAGACUCCUCGAGAUUCGAUGACGAUGGAAGAGCCAAAAGAACCGGGAACGUGUUCACUGCUACGACGCACAUAGUGACGGUGGUGGUCGGAGCAGGAGUGCUGGCUCUGGCAUGGGCCAUGGCCCAACUUGGAUGGCUUGCUGGGUUAGGUGUUAUGAUCAUAUUUGCAAGCAUUUCCAUGUACACUUACCAUUGCAUAGCUGAUUGCUACAGAUUUCCUGACCCAAUCAGUGGCAAGAGAAACUACACUUACAUGCAAGCCGUCAAUUCAUACCUAGGCGGAACAAUGCACCUGUUUUGUGGAUCGGUUCUGUAUGCGAAGCUCGCUGGGGUUACAGUGGGUUACUGUAUAACUAGUUCUAUAAGCAUGGUGGCAAUAAAAAAAGCCAUUUGCUUUCACAGAGAAGGCCACGAUGCUUAUUGCAAGUUUUCAAAUAAUCCCUAUAUGAUUGGUUUUGGGCUCGUGCAAGUUUUAUUGUCUCAAACCCCAAAUUUCCAUAAGUUAACGUGGAUUUCAACCGUUGCUGCCGCUACCUCUUUUGGUUAUGCUUUCAUUGGAAGCGGGCUUUCUCUGGCAACGGUGAUCCAAGGUAAAGGACGUCCAACAAGUUUAUUUGGAAAAGAAAUAGGACCUGACCAAUCUGCAGGAGAAAAAGUUUGGAAGGUUUUCGGUGCUUUGGGAAACAUUGCACUUGCUUCCUCUUUUGCUACAGUUAUUUAUGAUAUAAUGGACACAUUGAAGUCAAAUCCACCAGAAAGCGUACAGAUGAAAAGAGCCAAUGUGUUAGGAAUCAUAUUAAUGACAAUACUUUUCAUGUUAUGCGGUGGACUGGGGUAUGCUGCUUUCGGAAAUAACACACCUGGGAACAUCCUCACUGGCUUUGGAUUUUAUGAGCCAUACUGGUUGGUCGCCCUUGGCAAUGUUUUCAUUGUAAUCCACAUGGUGGGAGCAUAUCAGGUAAUGGCUCAACCAAUAUUUCGUGUAGUUGAGAUGGGAGCUAACAUGGCGUGGCCUCAUUCAGAUUUCAUAAACAAGGGCUACCCAAUCAAAAUGGGGUUCUUGUCAUGUGAAGUCAACUUUUUUAGGCUUGUUUGGAGGACAGCAUAUGUGAUAAUAGCCACAGUUCUUGCCAUGGCCAUGCCAUUUUUCAAUGAGUUUCUUGGCUUGCUUGGAGCAAUUGGGUUCUGGCCUCUCAUUGUUUUCUUCCCUAUACAAAUGCACAUUGCUCAGAAACAGAUCAAAACACAAUCAUUGAAGUGGUAUAUGCUUCAAUUAUUGAGCUUCAUGUGCUUCCUCGUUACAGGUGUUGCUGCAGUUGGAUCCAUUCGUGGAAUUUGCAAGAACAUAACAAAAUACAAACUUUUUAUGUAUAAACAAUAGGGCCUUUGCUUGCACGUUCAAAUGACUUUCAUUUGAGAUGUGUCAAGAUAGCUACAGAUAGGUAGAAAAAGAUAAUUUAUCUGAAUAAAGUUGAAUUAUAUAUA